CGUUCUCGUGGAUUGGCGCUCUGCCAUCUUUGAUUGUGCGACAGGCCGCGGCGCGAGCGGGGCCCUCUCUCGAGUGCAGCAGAGCCCAGUCUCAGCACGAGACCGCGAGAAACCGCUAACCGUCCGUUACUGCUCACCUCAUACCGGCGGUGCAAACGGACAGAGAUAAAUACGACGAAAAGACGCGGAGCCGAAACGAGCGCACCUCCUUUUCUCGCGUGUGGAGGAGGUUUUGUUGGUCGCUAGCUUUUCGGCUAGCUGCAGCGGUGUGGGAAUAGCAUAGCACGAGCUUUUGUAAUCCACAGCCGGUCGCACACAUUUAAACACACGCGCAAUACCAAGCGGGCCGGGAUACGAAAUCUUUGGACGGACUACACGAUAUACCUGAGGAGAGAGUCAGGACCGGCGGAUACAGGAGCUGGUUCUGAGGGGUGAGACCGCUGGACCAGACUCAAUGAGUUUCCAGCGAAAUGUCCGAGAAGUCAGGGCAGAGCACCAAGGCAAAGGAUGGCAAGACCAAGUAUGCAACCCUUAGCCUCUUCAACACCUACAAGGGCAAGUCUCUGGAGACCCAGAAAACUGCAGUUGCCGCCAGACAUGGGCUCCAAAGUUUGGGCAAAGUUGCGGCCAGUCGGCGUAUGCCCCCUCCGGCCAAUUUGCCCAGCCUAAAAGCAGAAAACAAAGGCAACGACCCCAACGUUAGCAUCGUACCCAAGGACGGCAGCGGGUGGGCCUCCAGACAGGAUCAGCCAGGAGACGAACGGCAACAAGAGACCCCUCCACCCCAGCCCAAGCCAAUUGUGACCCAGACCUCCGAUGUCCCUGUCGUAGGCAGCCGCUCCUGGGCCAACAGCAAGCAGCCUGGGCAAAUAGACGGUGCUCCUCGGAUGAGCAGUCAGUUCCAUCAUGAGUUUCCAAGUUUGCAGGCAGCGGGUGAGGUCGAAAAAACAGCCGAGCAGGAAGAUGAGCCCUAUGGACCGGGCCCAAGCCUCAGGCCUCAGAAUGUGGGAAGCUGGCGAGAAGGUGGAGGCAGAAACUUAAAUGUUGUUCCCAGCCCCUCAGAGGCAGACAGUAAGCCCUCUGAGGAGUCGGGAGUGGGUCGAGGCACACCAUCUCCCUCAGGGGACUCUGAUGAGGCAAACAAACCCUCUGCUGGGGAGGGAAGAGAAAAGCGAGAUGCCAGAGACCGUCUCCCACCUGCUGGUCCUCAGCAUAAACUGAAUGGUGGGCAGCAGCCACCUGGAGGCAUGUCAUCACAGUUUCAUGCCCAGUUUAGGAGCAUGAUGCCGCCAUAUAUGUUCAAUGCUUACCCUCGUGGGCCCUUUCCACCUGUACAAGGCAAUUUUAGAUACCCUGGACAACAGGAAAUGUCUAAGGGUCUGCGGCCUGGUGUUAGACCAUCAAAACCUUCCUCUCAGCAAUGGCUACAGGGCCCAGACCGACCAUCAAUCGUUAGUGCCACUGAAUUAAAAGAGCUAGACAAUCUGGACACAGAGGCAGAUGAAGGCUGGGCAGGUGCCCAAAUGGAAGUUGACUAUACUGAGAAAUUAAACUUUAGCGAUGAUGAGGAGAACCACGCGCCUAAAGAUAAAGGAGAUAACUGGGAUUGGAUGGCUAAAGUGGAUCGUAUGCGGGCAAGAAACGCUGAUGCCCAGGAGGGAUGGAAAGAAGUAGCAGAAGAAAGAUCUGACGGCAAAAGCUCAUGGGUAGAGAAUGUGGACCCCAGGGCUCCCUCACCAGGCAACAUUGGCCAUUAUAGCAAGACGGCACCUCCCCAGGACCAACAGGGACAUACACUUGUGCGUUCUAUGGGAAGUGGUGGUCCUCGUGUUACAAAGCCACCAACCGGAGCACCCCCUACUGGUGAGGAGGAAACAGAGGCAUGGCGACAAAAACGAAAGAAGCAGUCAGAGCUUUCAGAGGCUGUUGAACGUGCCCGAAGACGACGUGAAGAGGAGGAACGCCGCAUGGAGGAACAGAGACUUGCCGCAUGCAAAGAGAAACUUAAGCAGCUCGAGGAGAAACAACGACCUACUACGACUAUAGAAACUACUAAACCAACUGUGCAAGCUCGCAGUGAUCACCAGGAAGUGACUGAAACUGUGCCUAAACUACCUGCUGAAACUCCUCCACCUCAGCCAGCACCUCCCUCUGCACAGCAACCAUGUCCCCCUAUGCCAACCCAUGAAAGGACAGAGCCCAGUGUGGAGGAGGUGCCUCAGUUUGUUACCCGGCAGCCUAGCCCUCCAGUCCACAGGACUGCACCAGAGCCUCAGAUCAAGGUUGAUACUGCUGUAACCGAGGAGGUGCAUAGACAGGUGGAGAGACAACCAAUGAGAGACUACUUCAGUGCUGAGGAAUCCAGAGUUGAGGAGCCUCCGAUCUCUUUGUCCAGAUUGGAUCACUGUGUUACUGAAGAUGCACCUCUUCCACAACUGGAUAAUGAAGGAGAUACGGGAGCUGCUGUUCGUCCUUCAGUAACCUCUGGAUAUUCUAAACAGUUCCAGAAGUCUUUGCCACCCAGAUUUCUCAGACAACAGGAACAGCUCAAACAACAGCAGUGGCAGCAGCAGCAGCAGCAACAACAACAACAACAGCAGCAGCAGGGUGGAGGUGGUCCAGUCUCUCCCUCAGGAGGUUCUGUUCCCCCUCAGCACCGAUCCCUCUACCAACCUAUUGGCCCUCACCACCAACACCUUGCCUCGAUGGGCUUUGACCCACGCUGGAUAAUGAUGCAAUCAUACAUGGACCCCCGUAUUAUGUCUGGGCGGCCACCAAUAGACAUGCCUCCUAUGCACCCUGGGAGAAUGCCUCCAAAGCAACUGGUACGACGAGAGCCCACAGACAACAGCAGUUCUGGAUCAGACUCAUUUGAUCAUCUAACCCGACCAAUCAGAGAACAUGGUGUUCCAAGUGAGCCCCGAAUGGUCUGGGGUUCUGAGCCUUAUCCCCAGACGGAGUCUUUGUCCUCAUCUGCUGCUGCUAAAGUACGAGAUGAUGGAAAAGAGUCAAGAUUGGAUGCUGGUCUGGAGCUGGACAGAGGACUUUCAGGUGUCUAUUCCCAGGACCAUAGCCCACUGGAGCCUCGUGGCAAAAGCGACUUUUUUAGGGAUUCAUCUGAGCCCUUGUCUGCAUUUAGUCAUGUUACUGAGGAUGUACCGAGUCUACUACAGACCGAAAGAGCUCCAGUCAUCUCUUCAUUUGAGCCAGAGGAGGUUCCUCUCUCUUCUUCAGAGGAGGUGGAUGCUAUUGGUCAAGCUGUGCUGAAAAGGAGUGUAUCUCAAGGCUCUAGUCAUUCUCUGAAACUGGAUGAGCCUAGAUUUGAAGGUCUUACCAUAGCACAGAAAAAAACACUGGAUUUUUCUGAUCCUGUGGAAAGGCCAGAGGACAAAUCCAGAAAAGAAACCUUUGGGCAAGGGUCUGUGAUUAACAACCGUUCAACCCCUCCUGUGUCUAAUGAUGGUAUGCACAAAACGGACAAGCUGAACUUACCUGCACCCAACAAGCAGAAGUCUGAGAUGCGCUGGGGGCCUCGUGGGUCAGGGGGCGGAAGAAGAGAGGGACCCGGAGGUGAGCGUCCGGUUAGGAGAUCUGGACCUAUUAAGAAGCCUGUUCUUCGGGACAUGAAGGAAGAGAGAGAGCAAAGGAGAGAGAAAGAAGAGCAGCAUGGACGUGGGGAGCAUUCAAGAAAAGAGGGUGGUGCUGGCAAAGGUGCCACUUCAGCUGCUAAACUUAUGUCAGAUGGAGCAAAGCCAUCUGGAGAGGGGAAGAAGGGAGCGGUCGAAGCUGAGGCAGGAGCGACUACUGUUGGAGCAAAAUCCAGAGAUCAGGAGACAACAGCGAGUUCUGCAGCCACAGCUGGUGCAGAAGAAAAGGUAGAUAAGCCUGUGUCAAGUGACAAACGUCCUGAACCCAAACUACCAUCACGCAAGGAGUCCAACCUUCCUCCUAGAUCUUACCGCAGAGAGGAGAGAGAGCGAGACAGAGAACGUGACCGAGACCGAGAGAGGGAUAGAGAAAUGGAAAGAGAUAAGGACUGGCCGUCUGAUGCCAAUUUUAAAGGCCGUGGCAGAGGAGAGUACUAUUCCCGUGGCCGGAGUUACAGAGGCAGCUAUGGUGGAAGAGGCAGAGGUGGUCGUGGCCGGAGUCGAGGGGAUCACCCGUACAGAGAGCCACGAUCACGUCAUGAUUUGCCAUUAAGUGCGCCGGGUGGUGCUGCUGCUUUCCGUUGCAGAGAAGAAAGUGAAACGCGGAGUGAGAGUUCAGACCUUGAAGUCUUACCCAAGCGCAGACGCAGGCGAGGCUCAGACACAGACUCUGAAAGCGAAGGCAGAGAAUCUGCUAGCGACACCGGAGCUUCAGACCGUGAGCCUAGUACCAAACCUAGCAGGCCGAUCCGACGUGAGCUGCCAGAAUCCCGCCCCUCUAAACCUGCCUCGGGAUUUUCGACUGGACAUUUUUCUGAAAAAUCAGGACCUCGGGAUGAGGAGGGACGGCCAAAGCCAGGUUUUCUGUUAAAAGGUGAGGCUUCGCGACGGGGCAGGGGUGGCUUGCACGGCAGGAGAGGAGGUGGUAGAGAACGAGGCAGCCACAGAUCUGCCCCUUUUCGUCGGGCCCCUGUCAAAGAGGGCUCUCAGUGGCCCUCCAAACCCAUGGAGACCUUCCGGCCAGAGGAAGCAGAUACCUCGCGUACCGACAGCACACCCUCGGAACGACGUCACACCAAAUAUGACAACAAGAAAAUGGGAGAGGGUGGACAAAAUGUCAGAGAGAGACCUCGGAGACCACGAGCAGCACGCCCUCCCAGACAGGAUAAACCCCCACGAUUUCGAAGACUUAAGGAACGUGAGGCAGCAGUCGUCUCUGGAGACGUUACACCUAACGUGUCAGGACCUACAUCUGUCUCUCCAACAUUGUCUAAAGCUCCUGGAUCUCAUGUAAGGUUGCCUGAAGGAGUGGUCGAUGCCAACACAGCAUCUUCUUACACUCCUGAUGUGACUCCUGAGCUUCCUAUCUCAGAGGUACUUCCUGAAGCGCGAGCCACCACGAUAGUUGCUGCUGGCAGCAAAUCCCCUGAUUUGUCCAAUCAGAACUCUUCUGACCAGGCGAAUGAGGAGUGGGAGACGGCUUCUGAGAGCAGUGACUUCAAUGAACGCAGAGAGCGAGAGGACAGAAAGCAACUCGAAGCAGCGGUGACCGCAACCACAUCCAGUUCCUCUGCACCUGUACAGAUUUGUGGGCCACAGGGCAAGUUAUCUACAGAAGGUGUGCCUAUCCAAAAAAGAGAAUCGGCCGCAGCAGCCAAAAGGAGCUUUUCCAGUCAGCGGCCUGUGGAUCGGCAGAACCGACGAGGAAAUAGCGGGCCUAAACCAGGUCGGGGAUAUGGUGGAGGCAAGGGCGAGAGAAGAGGAGGAUCUGGAGCCAAAUCUGGACGCAGAGGGGCUCCUAUGCAGAAUACUGAGGUCACUCAGAUCGGUACAGGUCAGAAGACUGGGAAAGAAUCGGCACCCAGCCGCAGGCGAGAAGAAGCAAAGCAAGCUGUCAAAAAACCCAAAGAGAAGGAAAACGCUCUAUCUCAGUUCGAUCUGAACAACUAUGCCAGUGUGGUGAUCAUUGAUGACCAUCCAGAAGUUACAACACUGGAGGAUUCCCAGUCGAAUAUGAACGACGAUGGGUUCACCGAGGUUGUUUCACGAAAACAGCAGAAACGUCUUCAGGAUGAGGAAAGAAGGAAGAAAGAAGAGCAAACUGCUCAGAACUGGUCUAAAAAGGGCUCUGGAGAGAAGGGUCGAGGAGGCGGUGGUUCGAAAUUGCCUCCACGUUUUGCCAAGAAGCAGCAACAGCAGCAGCAGCAGCAAGGAAUGGCAGCAGGACAGCAGCAACCUUCAGCCCCGGCUGGACCGACCCAGUCUGUACCCCAGCAGCCUCAACCACAGCCAGCCAUCUCUGUGUCACAGCACAAUCUGUCCACAUCCAAUCAGAGCACCAGCUCACCCCAACCGCUAGAGGGUGCUGUAGCGCCUCUGGCCCCCGCACCUGUAGACUUUCCUCCAAAGAGCCAGACCCACAACACACUCGGUACUGAACUGUGGGAGAACAAGGUGGCUGGCUCCACCGUUCUCUCUGAUGUGAAGAAACUUGGACCUAUCAGCCCUCCCCAGCCUCCCUCUGUUAGUGCCUGGAACAAACCUCUCACUUCAUUUACAGGGACCGUUACACCUGAGGGUGUGAAAGCGGGCACAGAAAGUGGUGUUGAGCUGGGCAUGGACAGUAUCCAGUUUGGUGCCCCAUCUUCAUCAGGCAGCACUGAUAGUGACGGCGUGCCUACCCUGCUGGAGAAAACCUCUGACAAUAAACUACCUGAACCCAAAGAGCAGAGGCAGAAGCAGCCUCGUGCUGGACCUGUCAAACCUCAGAAGCUGCCUGAAAUCCCUCCUCCAGAACACAAGGAAUACAAACCUGGUCCCAUUGGUAAAGAGCGUUCUCUCAAGAACCGUAAAGCUGCUAAAGACGUGCGCCAGUCCGACGGAGAGGGCCUGGAUAAAAGUGGAGCUGGAAGCGGUAGAGACAGAGACUCGAGCUCACCCACUAAAGACAAGGUUCCUGAGCUGGGUGGAGACAUUGAGGGCAUGAUCACGGCUCCAUCAGCAGAAUACUCCAGCAGCUCAAAGGAAUCUGUGACUGACUACACAAUCCCAUCCUCCUCAUUGGCUGACAAUGUCCCCACUGCAGGGACCAAGAUGGAGGAGAGCCUGGUGGCACCUGUGGCACUUCCUCAUUCAUUGCCUCUUCCACGAAGAGAAGCACUACAGCAGGGUUCUGGCCUCACCAAUGUCUCUCCCGCUACUGUUGACCUCACGCUUAAAAUGGAGUCAGCGCGUAAAGCAUGGGAAAACUCUCCUAGUCUCGUGGAGAAGAGCUCUCCGGUCACCUCCUCUGCCUCCCCCAUCACAAGUGGAGGAGGAGCAGGCAGUGCCCCCUUCAACUCCUUCUCCAGUGCAUCUGUGCCUCAGAUACCCGUGGCCUCUGUUACUCCCAGCACCUCCCUAUCAGGAUCUGCAACCUACACAACGUCGUCUCUCAGUACAAAGAGCACGUCAGCGUCUGACCCUCCCAACAUCUGUAAAGUAAAGCCCCAGCAGUUGCAGAGUUCAGGAAUGUCCAGUAGUAACUUCUCGCAGCUGGGCUGUGCACCCUCUCUCUUACCACAGCAGCAGACCCCACAGGUGUUCGUAUCCCAGUCUGCAGCAGGUUCUGCAGCCCAAAUCCCAGCCUUCUACAUGGACACCAGUCACUUGUUCAGUACUCCUCACCCUCGCUUGGCUCCUCAGUCUUUAGCCCAGCAACAAGGAUAUCAGCCUGGACUCUCACAGCCCACAGCAGUGCAGCAGAUCCCCAUUCCCAUCUACGCUCCCAUGCAGGGGCAACACCAGCACCAGGCCCAGAUGGGUCUGAACACUGGACCUCCUGUGUCUCAACCUCAAGACCUCUUCAGUUCAUCCUUGCAGCCCUACAGUUCAUCUCUUCACAGGUCACAGCAGGCGUUCAUGCAGAAUAGCCUCUCCCAGACAUCCCCCAUGAUGCUGUCUGGGACACCGCUUCACAGUUACCCCGGUGUUCAACACCAAGACCUGGGCAAGCCUCAGUCCAGCCUGGCUUUUCAGCAGACCUCAAACACUCAACAUAUCCCCAUCCUGUUUGAACCUCAGCUAAACCAGCCGUCUGGCAUGGGAGGAUCACAGCUGAUAGAUACGCACCUGCUGCAGCGUCAGGGAAUGAGUCAGCACUCAAACUUGUACUCGGGACCAGCGGCGGUCCAGCAGCAGAACAGCUAUUACAGCUCAACACAGAGUGCCAGUUCUGCCCUGCAGCUGGGGCCCGUUCCUGGUUCGCAGUUGUCUUUGCCCAACUUCGGCUCUGGUGGUGGUCAGCCUCUCCUGGCUUUGCCCCAGUCCCUGCCUCCAACCCCUCCACAAGCCCAGGGCCCCAGCCUCAACCGCCAGCCUCCGAGCAAUCAGCCCUACCGCGGCCUUAUUGGUCAGAAUACACACAGCAUGAUGCAGCCUUCCAAUAAGAUGUGUGAGAUGGAUCUGAAACUCUUUAGUGGUGGAAUGGAUCUCAAACCUGGAACUCCACCUGUCAGCGCAAGAAGCACUACUCCCACUUCUAGCCCUUAUAGGGCAAGUUCAACAAGCCCCAGCAGUCAGUCUAGCAAGAUGAACAGCAUGCUGUAUCCCAAACAGUUUCAGUCUGCAUCUGCGGGAAUGCGCAUUGCCCAGCACUUCCCAGGACAGUUCAACCCACAGAUGUUGUCUCAGGCCAACAUGGUGUCUCCACUGGUGCGUCCAACCCAUGCGAACUCCUAUCCUGGAGGAGUGCAGCGUUCACCCAUGGGUCCCCCUAUGUCCCCUAACCUGGGUGGUGGAGGACUGAUGCCCCACCCUAGACCCCAACAUCCUCCACCCCAACACCCUCCACGUGGACCCUCUGGCCCGCCUUUAGCUCCCCGCGGCACACAGGCUGCCCUGAAAGCAGAACAGGACCUUAAGGCUAAACAGAGAGCUGAGGUUUUGCAAUCCACCCACAAGUUCUUCUCCGAGCAACAACAGCUGAAGGCUCCAGUCAGCAAGUCCAUUCGCAUGGAAGUGACAGUCAAACCUACCGACAGCAUCACAUCGAAUCACCAGGGGGCGCCACCCGACCGCGCAGAAUCUGACAAGCCUGCAACCCUAGCGACAACCAAACCUAUCCGGACGGGUCCAAUCAAACCACAGGCCAUCAAACCAGAGGAGAGCAAAUAGGAACUGCUUCAGUAAGGACACACAGAUCGGAGUAACGCAUUGGGAGGUCUGAUGCAAGAGGGGCAAUGUUUUACAGCACCUAGAGUCUAGAGAGAUGGAGGUUUAUUGUGAGGUGCUGUGCAUUUCUCUCACAUUUACUGUGCCCUUUUCCUUCCUCAUUAUUUUAUCAGUACUUCUCUCCUCCACUGGGGUUGGCAUUAAGUCGAAAGCGCCCCUUUAUUGUGUGAACUGUACAUGUCCAGUGAACAAUGAAGGUAGACAUCAUGAAUCACUUGCUGCUGAGAACACCAUUUUUAUAGCAAUAUUUACUUUUUUCACCUGUCCCCAUCUAGAAACACAUUUUAGGAAGGCUGAUGUUUUCGCCUACAUUGCAUCUUUAUUUUCUCAAGCAACCUUUUAAGUUAUGGCAAUAGAGAGGUGAUGAAAUGUGUAAGCAUCCUGACGCAUAUCAUCUGCACUCUUAUGUCUCACCUUAACCACAUGUAUUGGCCUUAACAAUGCUUAGGCCAUCGUUCCGGUGGAUUAGGACUUUAUUACGGAUGUAUCCGAUUAAUUCGAUGAUUGCAGUCUCCACUGUGAGCCUUCCCUCCUGCCUUCUCGGUAGUCUAUGCCUGCAAGAAUUGAAGGUUGGGUUUGUGCACAAGUGCACAGAAGAACCGCUAGCCAAAGGUUAGGCAUCGAAAGACCCGAAUCCUUUUAGAUGAAUAUAUAUGAUUUUGACGAAAAGAUAGCUCUGCUCACUCAACAGAUUGCAGAAUUAUGAUGGAAUGUUUUCUUUUGUAAACGGUUAUUCCAGACCAGGCCUAUGUUUGUGUCCUAAGCGUAAGCCCCUCCCCUUUUCUGUGACCGUAAGGACAGAGGUAGACACGCCCCCCUUCUCAAACGAACUCCGGUCUUUCAACCUUUCCACAAAGCUCCCAACCAUGCUGCUGACCAGCUCUGACUCUCCUGACCAAUCACUGCAGAGGAGGGGCGGGGUUUGGGUUGGGGCGAGUGGUCAAGCAAUUUAGGUUCAGUACUAAAGAACGUACGCUGUUUUGGUAACCACGGGCCUAUGAGUAUGUAAGGUCUUCAAGCCACUCCUCCUGGGUUGCUAUUACAAAGAUAGAAGGGGCACACAAAUGGGUUUCGGUAAGGCCCCCAUUACUUGUUUGUUUAGUAUGAACGAACUACAAGCAGAAGGGGAGGAGAGGGAGUUGAAUUUUUUUGUUUUUUUCUUUUGUUUUACUUGUACAGGGGUUAAAUCGCCGUAUUAAAAUAUGUAAGGUCUUAUUUACAUUCUCCUGGUUUGGUUACAGAAACUAAUAAAAUAAAAUGCUGUUAAACAUAA